AUGGUGGGGCCAAGCUAUGCUGACAAGUGGAAGACCAUCAAGUUGAAGCUGAGUCCAAAUGGGGUCUGCAUUGCGACCAUGGACUCGGGUGAUGCCGGGGGGGUGAACUUGAUCACCGGGACUCUCUUCAAGGAGUUUGGCGACAUGGUCAAGCGCGUGGCCCGUGAUGAUGCCAUUCGGGUUCUGGUGGUCCGAAGUGCCAAUGAGCAUUUUUGGCUGGCGCACCUCGAUGUCAACAGUAUCCUGAGUGAGCCGAAACCUCCCACAGAGCGCGGCGCGGUGCUCAAUGAGUGGCACUCCAACAUGGAGAUCCUGCGGACGAUGCCGAAGGCGACAAUCGCAGAGCUCGCUGGUCGAGUCGGUGGCGGAGGCCACGAGUUCGCCCUCAACUUCGACAUGCGCUUCGGGGUCUAUGGUGUGACCAAGAUCUGUCAGAUGGAGGUCCCGCUUGGCAUCCUUCCGGGGGGUGGCGCCUGCGUGAACCUCCGGCGCUUGCUGGGCGCCGGCCGGGCAAUGGAGGUGGUGCUGUCUGGAGAUGAUGUGGAUGCCCAGACAGCAGAGCGCUGGGGUCUCCUCAACCGCUGCUUCGAAGACAAAGCGAAGCUUCGAGCACAUGUCGAUGCUUUGGCUGCCCGGUUGGCUUCUUUUCCGCCUGAGGCACUGCGCUGUGCGAAGGAGGCAGUGCUGGCAGCCGAGCGAAUGCCUCACACGGAGGCGCUGAAGGAGAACCUGAUGCUUUUCUACCGCUCUACUCGGGGACCAGAGGCUAGGCUACGCAUGGAGUCUUUCCUCAAGAACGGUGGCCAGACUUUGGCUGGUGAGCAAGAGCUGCAGAGAACACUCAGCAAGCUCUGA